AGCAAAAAUCCAUGGGAAAGAAGAGUAGGAACAAAAGAAAUCAAUCGGAAAAGCUGAAAAUUGAUUCAAAUCCUGGAUGCAGAUGGUCUAUAGCCAUUUUAGAUGUUCCCAAAAAACUGGACUUUGAAUUACCAAGAAAUGAAGAUAUUAUUAGUAGCAUGCACGAUGAUAUUCUCAGCCAUGUCAUAUCGUUUCUCCCUUUCAAAUCCGCUGUUCAAACCAGUUUCCUUUCGACCCGAUGGAAAGAUGUUUGGAAGAGAAACUUUCCAGAACGAAAAGGAACCAUAGACGAAGCUUUUUCUGCAAUUUCAAGCUUUCUCCAUGGCCGUUGCGAUCGAUACUCGGAGCAGAAACCGACGAGUAAUUGGGGAUUCAUAUUCAAUUUGGGAAAACGUAGUUUCAUCACAGUGGCUGCUGAGCCUGAUACAGCACUUCAGCUUGAUUUCUCCAACGUGAAGCAUGAAUUGCCAUGGCGGUUUGAUUGGUUCCUGGAUAUUGAUGGUCCCAGCUACAACACCUUGUUUUUUAAUAAACCAUCAUCUUUUUCGAUUACGGUAAAAUCCCUGCAUCUGAAAUCAGUCUCCUGCACAUUCAGUGGGGCAGUUUCUUCCAUGAUGACCGAUUUCAAGUUUCUUGAGAGUUUGACGAUAGAAAAUUUCCAUGGCUUACGAUCUUUAACACUAGAUGCCGCUGGUAAUUCAAGGCUUAAAAAACUAACAAUCCUGGAUUGCCAACAACUAGAAUCUCUCAAUCUCGAUGCUUACAGCUUGCAAUCGCUUCGAUUUCGAGGCAAAUUGUUGUCGUUUCAGCGAGGUUAUGGUAGCACAGAUUGGUUUUGGCCUUGGCCUGCUGACUUUGACCUAGUGGAUGCCAUGUUUGAUUUCAGGCAAGGCCCUCAUUGUAGCAACCUUGGAAGUUGUGGGUUCCGGUCAUUCUUUCGCAGCUACAAAGAUGUAAAAUCUCUCACACUUUGCGGCUGGAUUUUUGAGCCACUGAUCUAUCCUACGCUACAAUUACAUCCCUUUGGCUGGGGCUUCGAAUUCAAACGCCUGGUAGAGCUUUGGUGGAUUGAUUAUGCAAAGAAUAAAUUCAAUAGUGAUGCCUUAAUCUCCUUUUUGAAGCACUGCCCUCGGUUGACCAGACUUUAUAUCACAAUUGAUCCUAAAAGCUAUAGAAGGACAAACACAAUGACUGACUAUUCAGUAGAAGUGGCAAGUGUUCCAAGAUUAAAAGAUCUGAAGGUUGUGAAAUUGGAAGGAUUUCCAAAUGAGAAAGAAGAGAUUAUUUUGGCAAAGAGGUUGAAACAAGAAUUCCAGGUGGAACCACUAAUCAUAGCAAAGUCCAAUUAUUUGAAUUGUGCGAGACUUGUGGUAAAAACACCUGAUAUUCAUGAGCUGCUAAAGGAAGGGGAGGGUUCAUACAAGUUUAUUGAGGUAAGAGUUGAACAUUUGUAUGAUUUAUGCCCUAAACAUCUUCACAUGUACAUCUAAGUGCAAAGAUUUUGGC